AUGCUCGGUCAAUCCUCUUUGGUGGCCCUCGUCGCCGCCACUCCUGCCUUGGCCGUGUACCAGGGCUUCAACUAUGGCUCUACCUUCACCACCGGCGCUGCCAAGGUUCAGAGCGACUUUGAGGCCGAGUUCAAGACUGCCCAGGGACUGAUCUCUGCCCCUGGUGUCUUCAACUCCGCCCGCCUCUACACCACAGUCCAAGGCGGCACCUCCAACAGUCCCAUCCAGGCCAUUCCGGCGGCGAUCAGCACCAAGACCUCCCUCCUGCUGGGCCUGUGGGCCUCGGCCGGGGACGCCAACUUCGCCAACGAGAUCGCCGCCCUCAAGUCCGCCAUCGGCACCUACGGCACCCAGCUCGGCGGCCUCGUCGCCGGCAUCUCUGUUGGCUCUGAGGAUCUCUACCGUAUCUCGCCCACCGGCAUCCUCAACAAGGAGAACCCUGGCGUGGGCCCUGAUGUUCUCGUCGGCUACAUCAAGCAGGUCCGGGAUGCCAUCGCUGGCACGCCUCUGUCCGGGGUGCCUGUCGGUCACGUCGAUACGUGGACUGCUUGGGUCAACGCGUCCAACGAUGCCGUGAUUUCAGCAUCCGACUGGCUCGGCGUCGACGCCUACCCCUACUUCCAGACCACAAUGGCGAAUUCCAUCGCGAACGGCCCGGCCCUCUUCAACGACGCAUUCGGCCAGACCAAAGCCGCCGCCAAAGGCAAGGAGGUCUGGGUGACGGAGACCGGGUGGCCCGUCAGCGGUCCCGCCGGGAACCUCGCCGAGGCCAGCACGGCCAACGCAAAGACGUACUGGGACGACGUCGGCUGCGAGACCCUGUUCGGCAAGACCAACACCUGGUGGUACACGCUCCAGGACGCUUCGCCCGACACGCCCUCCCCUAGCUUCGGGGUCGUCGGCAGCACCCUGUCCACCACGCCGCUCUACGACCUCUCGUGCAACGCCUCAUCAUCGUCCUCUUCCUCGUCGGCGGCCUCCGGCAGCACGGCCACGGCAUCUGGUGGCGGUGGUGCUGCGACGGGCGUUUCUUCGGCUGCUGCCACGGCCAGCGGCGCAGAUGGCGGCUCCCCUGGUAUCUCCGCGGGCGCCGGUAGCGUCGUGACCGUGGGCGGCACCGGUGCGGGCGGUGCUGGUGGCGCGACCGCUACCCUGCCUGGCACCCCAACGAACCCCACCGGCGCCGGCUCUGGAUCGGGCGGCUCAGGAAGCGGCGGCUCUGGCUCUGGCUCAGGCUCUGGAGGCUCUGGAUCUGGGUCUGGCUCUGCUGGCGGAAACGGGACCGUUACCGGCGGGAACGGCUCUCCAUCUGCCAGCACGACCGCUGUGAUCACCAACGCUGCGCCUGCGAACUUGGUCUCCUUCGGCGCUGCGUUCGUUGCCCUGCUUGCGGCGUGCAUGAUCCUCUAA